AUGCAGCAAGUCCCUCCUGAGCUUAAAGCUAUGAAUGACCAGCUGCAGGUUAUUUUCAAGGGUAAUCAGGAGCUGGGUGCCAAAAAAAGUAAGCUAAUAGAGGCUCGCCGACGGCUUGGUGCACAGAAGAGCGAGAAUGAGAUAGUGAAGGAUGAAAUAAAUAAGCUAGAGCCAGAAUCCCGGGUAUAUAAACUUAUUGGUCCUGCUCUUAUUCAACAAGAUCAGAACGAUGCCAAGGCGAUUGUCAAUAACAGGCUUGAAUACAUUAAUGGUGAGCUAAAAAGGACUGAUGUUUCUAUUGCCGAAUUAGAGCGGAAGGAGAAGGAGACUCAGCAAAAGGCCGAUGAGUUGUUCCGCAAAAUGCAGGCAAAACAGGCACAAAUUCAGCAGCGACAACAACAACAACAGUAG